UCAUACUUAAAUUCUUAUUAUAAAAUUUUCUUCACAAAAUAUGUGCAUUGCACGCGUUUAAUAACCUAGUAUAAUAUAAAUUCCACGUCCAUUCAGGUUAUGUUCCUCUCCAGUCAACGGUCUUUUAUAUAUGUAUAUAACCGAUAGAGCCCGAUUGAGCAUUCCAUGAUCUAAUGUUCUAUCCACCAACACCCUCAACGUGCAAUGGCCUUCUCCCUGGCAAAGAUCAUCAUCCUCUUCACAAUCCUCUUCUCCGCCGUGGUUAUCCACUCUGCGGAUGCCGAUGAAAGCUAUGCAACAACCCUGUCCCUGGAUGAGCUUGGGCUUAAAACUGAGAAGCUGACCCGCUUCCGCUUCUACUUGCACGACUUGGUCGAGGUUCCUAACCCUACUGCUGUAAGAGUGGCUGGGGCAGCCACCUCAGAUCAAUCCCCCACGUUCUUUGGUGCGGUGCUCGUGUUUGAUGAUGCGCUGACCAAUGGCCCGAGCUUGACCUCAGAGCUCGUGGGGCUGGCCCAGGGGAUGUACGCCUUCACAUCGCUGGAGGAGAUGAGCCUUCUCCAGGCCAUGAAUAUUAUUUUCACAGAAGCGAAAUAUAACGGGAGCAGCAUAACAGUAUUAGGCAGAAACCCUUUCCUACAUAAGGUGAGGGAGAUGCCUAUAGUAGGUGGAACCGGAGCUUUCCGAUUUGCUCGUGGCUACGCCCUGAUCCGGACCUUCACGAGUAACCAGAGAGAUGCUAAUGUAGAGUGUGAUCUCUAUGUACUCCACUAUUGAUAUGGCCCUUUUGUUUCUUUUCUGAUUACACAAAGUAUCUCUUAUCAUAUCGAAUAAAUGACCUAGUCAGCUCUCCUCCUUAUCAUACCAAAUAUGGCCCUUUGCAACAUCGGAUCUUGCACCUCGGUCCAACAUGUGACAAAUCAAGCGACAAGAUUCAUCUAAUAAAUCAAUCUGUUUGUAAGAGAAAAUUUUGAAUGUUUUG